UUGUGAGUGGCCGCAAUGAUAUUUAAUGGUUUUUUGAUUUCAGCCCAGAAAAAAAUGCAGCAGUAUCACAGAUCCGGAUCGCUUUACUGUGGCGUCACGGUGGUUGGCGUGGUACUCCUGGUGCUGCUCCGGCUGAUGCCGGGCAGCCCCUUCGGGGUGUACGCGAUGGCCGAGGGGGGGAACUAUCAUGAACGCAAUGGCAUACACACGAAGUGCAGUUUCUUCGACACGGUCAACUUGACGGGAUAUCCGUCGUACCCGAACGGCAGCUACAGCUACGAGGGCGUGCUGAUACCCAGCCAUUAUGUGGGCACCUUCGACUACAUCUACAAGGAUCUGGUGGACCGUGUGGAUGUGGCGCCGCAUAUGCGCGGCUGCAUCUGCAAGCUGAAGCCCUGCAUCAACAUCUGCUGUCCCUGGGGUCAGGUCUACAACGACAGCGAGUGCCAGAAGGACACCAACACGAAGCAAAUGUGGCCAGAGCCAACGAUCAAUAUCACACUCAAAAAUGGAUCCGUGCAGAAUGUUAACAUCUACGAACAGUUUGUGGUGCAGAGCUUCAGGCCCUGCACCGAAAUGUUCUCCCUCCUGCCGGAGGUCAACUACUACGACACCUACCAGCUGUACGAGAAUGGCACGCUGCUGCGCGAGGACGACAUGCACUACAUCUACAAGAACGAGUUCUGCCUGGUGCCCACCAAUAUCAAUGACACGGAUCUCUACUACACCAUUAACCCGGCCAACUGCGACAUGUUCAACGAGAAUACCACGGUGAAGAUCAUCAAUGGAUUCGCUAUGCUCUUCUCCAUACCCUUCAUGGUGCUGACCAUUGCCGUAUAUCUGCUGAUUCCGGAGCUGCGCAAUCAGCAUGGCAAGUCCCUGGUCUGCUAUCUGCUGGGCCUGACCAUUGGCUACUCGCUGCUGUGCUGCCUGCUGCUGAUGCACGACAUGAAUCCGUUUGGGCUGUCCUGCAAGCUGCUUGGCUAUACGGCGUACUUCUUCUUCAUGUCCGCCUUCUUUUGGCUGAAUGUGAUCAGCUUCGAUUUGUGGCACAAUUUCCGUGGUACACGCGGCAUCAAUCGCUUCCAGGAGAAGAAACGCUUUCUGCUCUACUCGCUGUACUCGUGGGGCUUGGCUCUGGUCUUUCUCGUCUUCACGGUGCUCGUGCAGGAGUAUUUUGAUUGGCCGGAGGCGCUCAAGCCGGGCAUUGGCGCCGGCCAGUUCUGCUGGCUGGACAUGACCAACUGGUCGGCCAUGCUCUACUUCUUCGGACCCAUUCUGAUCAUCAUUGUGGCCAAUACCGUGAUGUUUAUGAUGACUGCGAUCAAGAUCCACGGCGUGCAGCGCGAGAUGGCGCGGAUUAUCGCACGCGAGGACAGCACCAAGAAUCUGCGCACCGAGAAGGACAAAUUCGGUCUGUUUCUGCGCCUGUUUCUGAUCAUGGGCGUCACCUGGUCCUCGGAGAUCAUCUCGUACUUUGUGGGCAACGACAAGAAGUGGUCGAAGAUCUUCUACGUAACCGAUUUGUGCAAUGCCAUGCAGGGCUUUCUCAUCUUUAUGCUGUUCGUGCUGAAGAAGAAGGUGAAGCACUUGAUAACGAACAGAACUGUGCGUGUGCGCAGUCUGCGGCAAACGGAGAGCGUCACAUUGGCGGGAAGCAGCUAUACGAUGCGCCAGCGCUUCAUGGAUGCCUCCCAACACAUACGCAAGCUGGUUGUCAUACGCAAUGCGUUUGCCAACACUGCCAGCGGAGUGCACUCGCAUGCCGUCUAACAGGACUACAACAACAGCAGCAACAACAACAGCCGCAGUCAGUAAGCGGUGCUCUUCUUCUUCGCUGUUUAGUGUUGUGCAACGUGGCCAUACUAAACGCUAAGCCCGCUCUUGCUCUUCGCUCUUCAGUGUUGUGCAACGUGACAAUACUAAAUGCUAAUUGAUUAUAGUAAACGAUACCCCUUAAACUCUUAAAACUGUCGCUGCAUGCAUUUGAGUAUAAAAUCCUUUAGCACAACGUUCUCUGUAUG